CAUACACAUCAAACGAUCCUCGUCCUCCAAAAAGUUAUACAUCACCUCAAAACAUUGAAAUUACAUCUCAAACGUCAAAUGAUUCACGUUCUCAAAAAAAUUAUUCUCCAAAUAGCCCUCAGCCUCCAAAGAAUUAUUCACCUACUCUAAAUAAAACAUAUACUCCAAACGAUCCUCGUCCUCCAAAAAGUUAUUCUCCACCUCAAAACAUUGAAAAUACGUCAAACGAUCCGCAUCCUCCAAAAAAUUAUUCACCAACUUCAAACAAAGCAUAUACAUCAAAUGAUCCACGUCCUCCAAAAAGCUAUUCCCCAUCUCAAGACAAUAAUAGCCCUCGCCCUCCAAAAAAUUAUUCUCCGCCUUCAAAGAAAUCAUCUAAUUCAAAUGCACCAUCUAAUUCAAAUGCACCAUGUCCUCCAAAAAACUAUUCCCCAUCUCAAAACACUGAUUCACAGGCUCCAACUUAUGUUGGCGGAAAUAAAGGAGAUCGACUUUUGCAAAAGGAGGACAGAUGUUGUAGUUGUUCAAUCUGCGGAUGCAUACAAUGCACGUGCACCAUACUUAUGAUUGUUAUUGGUGUAAUUUUUAUCAUUGUUGGUAUUGGAAUGUUUUUUUAUGCCAAAACGCUCCCCUCUGUAUGUGGUCAGCAUUGUGAUCCCAGUCAAGUCACUAAUUCAACAAAUUCCACAACGUCCGCGGUUCCAGGCAAUGCCACUGAUGCAGUUAAUAAAGCUGCCAACGAUGGUAGUUCUCAAUGUAAAGCUAUAUGCCAGAAAAUCAUAUAUCAGGCACUGUAUUAUGGAGGUUGGGGUUGCAUUGGCUUCGGUGCAUUAUUGGUGUUGAUACAACUCGAAAUGUCUCGUGCACGUACUUCAAAUGAAAUUUGGUGGGCAAGGCUUGUGGAUAGAGCUGACGAAUUUUUACAUAACUAUCCAAAAUUACCAACAAAGCCAAUAGCAGAAAACAGUUUGCCUUUAAAGAUUGGCUCAAACAUAACGAUCAAAGAUUUUAACACUUUUCUUAACAAUCACGGAUCAUCGGGAUAUAAAUUCCAGUUCGAGUUGAACAGUGACAAUAAAACGGGAAGUGUAUAUAUAAUUGAUAUGGCCAAAACAGUACACGAGACUGUUGUUGGCAUGCUUCAAAAUUUUUUCAAAGUUCCUAACGGAGGAACAGAAUUUUUGUUAUUGAAUUUUCGAUCAUCUGAUUGUCUUUUUGUUAUAAUACACUACAAUCCUGAGAAAAGAGAGGUUCAAAUAGCUCUCGACGUUGCUGUAUAUCCAAACACAGCUUUUGUUCCAAGACCUGCUGUUUCCACCAUAGUACCUCGUCCUCCUAGUGAUUUAACAGUAGGCCAAAGUGUUGGUUAUUUAAGACAGAAGUGUUUGGCUUGGAUGAGCGAACAAUACGUUUGUGCGGUUGUUGGUAUUAAGAUUUUAGAUCCAAGACCAGGAAUCCGAGAACCUAAUACUGGUUAUUUUUAUAGAACAAUGACGGCGAAACUUUAUCGUCAAAGAAUGGCGACGCAAAGAUGGGAUUUUGGAAAUGCUAGAAAAAAUUCACAAAAUCCUAUCCAUAAUCCUAGUCCUUACAAUGCACCAAACUUAACAGCUUUUCAAAUAAGCAUUCCCGUAGGUGAAGUAUUUUGGGACCCACCGUCUCCUAUUCCACCAGUAUAUGUACCAAUGAUUCCCAAUGUGGUUACAAUCCACAAUUUCACUAUUGACUUGUAUUGGAUACAACGAGCAGCAUUAAAAGCUGAAAUGUGA